UAUAUGCCUAUAUACCUGAAGUUGCAUUCAAAACUCAUCAGGUGCCUCUCGUGCAGACCCUGAGCAUGGCCGCAGCGAAGAUGGCAACUGCCAUAUACUUGGAAGACUAUCUGGACAGCAUCGAGAACCUUCCCUGUGAACUUCAGAAGAACUUCCAGCUGAUGCGAGAGCUGGACCAGAAAACAGAAGAUACGAAGGCAGAGAUCAACAUCCUGGCUGCAGAGUACCUUGCCACAGUGAAGACUCUGUCUUCAAAGCAGCGUGUGGCACACCUGCAGAAGAUCAAGAGCGCCUAUAACAAGUGCAAGGAGUACAGUGAUGACAAGGUGCAGCUGGCCAUGCAGACCUCUGAGACGGUGGAUGAAUACAUCCAAAGGCUUGAUGCUGACUUGGCACGAUUUGAGGCUGACCUGAAGGAAAGAAUGGAUGAGAGCAACUUUGAAAGCACCGGUCGGAGUCAGAAAGGAAAAAGAAGCUCCCGGCACUUGGGCAUGGAGACCUCAGAAGAGGGUACUCCAAAGCAAAAGAAGCAUAAGAGCACUUCUGUGCAUUCCUCUAACAUGCUGGACAUGCCUGUGGAUCCGAAUGAGCCUACAUACUGCCUGUGCCACCAGGUGUCCUACGGGGAGAUGAUCGCUUGUGACAAUCCUGAUUGUCCAAUUGAAUGGUUUCAUUUUGCCUGCGUGAAACUCACCACAAAGCCCAAAGGAAAGUGGUUCUGUCCACGAUGUGUUCAGGAAAAGAAGAAGAAGUAAAGAAGAAGCUGUU